AUGUCAUCGCUUUGCAAUGACGAGGUGAAGAUUGCGUUCUUCUCCAAACGCAGCGGAUAUGCGACAGCAGUGAGCAAUGAUACUCUUGCAAAGAUUGUUGCUGGUAUCAAGCAUGGUAUCGAGCGUUGCAUUGACCGAGCGUGUGAUGUUGACAUGUUCGCUUGUAUUCAAGGAGAAAAGUACAUUCCCAACAGUCUCCCAAUCAACCUGAAAGAAAUCAAUGCAACAAUGGAAACCGGUGGGAAUGGAGAUCUUCGAUUCAAAACAAAAACAGGUAACCAUACUUUGCACGUGCUUUUCAGCGGUGGUGGCACCCCAUUUCGUGUUCAGAUUGUCGACCGUCCACAAGAAAACCAAACUGGCAGAGUCCAUCGUCGCCCCCCUCGCCAGAACAUGGUUCCUCCGCCUCGCAACGACAUGGGUCCUCCCACACAAUUUCCCUCAGGCCAAGCCCAACGUCGUGAAUCGGUCCGCAACAGACAGCCUUCUGAUGAUUCGUCGUCGUCGGAACAUAGUCCUGCUCGUCCUAUCAAGAUGCGCCGUCGGCAGCCAACCGCACCGCGUCCUCCUCCAAGCGACAGCGACGAUUCCUCUUCUGCUGAGGAAUACAAUGAUUUUUCACAGCUAACAGGGCGGCGUAAGCGCACUUGA